AUGAAGAACCCUAGAGGUGCGGUGCGCAUCGUCGAAGUCGGGCCGCGGGACGGCCUGCAAAAUAUUAAAGAUCCGGUUGCGACUUCUGUGAAGCUGGAACUAAUCCGGCGACUCCGGGAGUCUGGCCUGAGCACGAUCGAAUUAACGUCCAUAGUCUCGCCGCGGGCGGUGCCUCAACUGGCGGAUUGCAGGGAGGUGUUACGAGACCAAACUAUCAAACAGCUACAACAGCACGACGGGCUUCGGUUUCCAGUCCUUGUACCGAAUCCUAAAGGGCUGGAUAUUGCGCUGGAAUAUGGCGUCAAAGAAGUGGCCGUGUUUGUCAGCGCCACCGAGGGUUUCAGUAAGGCCAAUAUCAACUGCUCCGUCGGCGAGGGUAUCGAGAGAGCAUCCCGCGUCGCAGAGAAGGCUAUACGGAAUGGGGUCGCUGUAAGAGGGUAUGUAUCUUGUAUCUUCGAAGAUCCUUUUAGCGGACCUACCAAGCCCUCCGCAGUGUUGCGCUGUGUUAAAGCGCUGUUGAGCAUGGGUUGCUAUGAGGUCAGCCUGGGGGAUACCACAGGAGUGGGACGCCCAGAAACGGUACGAGAGCUCCUCACAUAUCUUGUCGACAAUAGUAUCCCAGUCGAGAGAUUGGCGGGUCAUUUCCACGACACGUAUGGCCACGCCGCAGCCAAUGCAUGGGAAGCAUACACCUGCGGCAUUAGGGUUUUCGAUAGCAGCGUGGCCGGACUCGGGGGCUGCCCCUUCGCUCCUGGUUCUAAAGGGAACGUUGCCACCGAGGACUUGGUGUUCAUGUUCCAUAAUGCUGGCGUUGACGCCGGAGUCAACCUGUUGAAGUUGAUGGAAACUGGUAUCUGGAUUUCACGGAUACUCGGUGCGAAAAGAUCCUGCCCGCCGAAGCAGCAACAGGUCCUUAAGUUUGACCAAGCGACCUCUGUUUCUUUGCCUACCUCACAAUGGGUCCCGACUCAGAAGAUCGGAAACAUACUGGUGUAUCGCUCGGGGAGCAGCGUUAAGAUUGUGCUUAACCGAGCGAAGACCGGAAACACUUUGACGCACAAGAUGAUUCUCGACUUGACACAUCUCGUUCACCAUUACAGUGAGAAGGAUACAAUAUCAACCAUCGUCAUCACAGGAAAGGGGAGAUUCUUCUGCAUGGGAUUGGAAUAUGGAAAGACAGGGCCUGCCGGGGAAUCUCCCGAGCUUAAGUCCCUUACCAGAUUACUCGACCUAUUGAGCCACGUACCCAAGAUGACCAUCGCGAGUGUCAAUGGGCCAGCUUUCGGUGCAGGUGUAUGCUUGGCCCUCUCGUGUGACAGAAGGGUCAGUGUCAGAACGGCUACACUGACCAUGGGAGAGGCGAUAUGGUCAUCUCACCACGAAGAAGCGGGGCAAGUUCCACAAUCAGCAACAAUUUUCGCGCAUCCUGUCACAGCAGGGAGAUUGCAGGCCAUGGGGAUUAUCGAGGACAUUGCGAACAGUUACGAAGAGUUGGAAGCCCUCGAACACCGAGCUGUUCUAAGUACAUCCCCGACCAGCGGACAACCGUCGCACAGUAUAACACCCCAGUACCAACGAAUUCCGAAUAACGAAGCACAUGCAGGACAUAGGCGACAUUGGCUGCAGGCGAUACAGAGUGUCUGGGGAUCAGACCUAUGA